AUGGCCUUACCACCUUAUAUGUUGGGCCCCAAUCCGUGGGCCCAACAACUAAUGGCCCAGCAGCAGCUAGCCGCUGCACAUCAUGCACAAGCAAUGGCUCAUCAUCAUGCUCAUCUUCAGCAAGUUCAUCAACAGCAAAUGCAAAUACCACCACCAAUCCCUAAACCUGAUCAUAUUAGUGAAGAGAAAUUGCAAGAAAAAGCACAAAAAUGGCAACAGCUGCAAGCAAAAAGAUUUGCAGAGAAACGCAAAUUCGGAUUUGUUGAUGCUCAAAAAGAAGAUAUGCCACCUGAGCACAUUCGUAAAAUUAUCAGAGACCAUGGAGAUAUGACAAGUAGAAAAUAUCGUCAUGAUAAAAGAGUUUAUUUGGGAGCUUUAAAAUACAUGCCACAUGCCGUUAUGAAACUUUUAGAAAACAUGCCAAUGCCAUGGGAACAAAUUCGUGAUGUCUCGGUAUUGUAUCACAUAACUGGUGCUAUAACAUUUGUAAAUGAAAUACCUUGGGUUAUUGAGCCUGUAUAUAUUGCACAAUGGGGAACUAUGUGGAUCAUGAUGAGGCGUGAAAAACGAGAUCGUAGGCAUUUCAAACGUAUGCGUUUUCCUCCGUUUGAUGAUGAAGAACCUCCAUUGGAUUAUGCUGACAAUGUUUUAGAUGUUGAACCACUAGAAGCUAUUCAAAUUGAACUUGAUUCUGAUGAGGAUGGUUCUGUUGCUAAAUGGUUUUAUGAACACAAGCCUUUAGUAGGAACUAAGUACGUGAAUGGAUCAACUUAUCGCAAGUGGAAUUUAGCGCUACCUCAGAUGGCCACAUUGUAUCGACUGGCAAAUCAGCUUUUGACAGAUCUGGUAGAUACAAAUUUCUUUUACUUAUUUGACCCAAAAAGCUUUUUUACAGCAAAAGCUCUUAAUAUGGCAAUACCUGGUGGCCCAAAAUUUGAACCUCUAGUCAAAGAUAGCACAGUAGGAGAUGAAGAUUGGAAUGAAUUCAAUGAUAUUAAUAAAAUUAUUAUCAGACAACCAAUAAGAACAGAAUACAGAAUUGCUUUUCCAUAUUUAUACAAUAAUAUGCCUCAUUAUGUACAUUUAUCAUGGUACCAUACACCUAAUGUUGUUUACAUUAAAACAGAGGACCCAGAUUUACCAGCAUUUUAUUUUGAUCCUUUGAUAAAUCCAAUUUCUCACAGACACACCGUUAAGAGCCUUGAGCCUUUGCCGUCUGAUGAUGAAGAGUUUAUUUUACCACAAGAAGUUCAACCUUUUCUACAAGAAAUUCCUUUAUACACUGAUAAUACAGCAAAUGGAAUAUCUUUAUUGUGGGCUCCCAGACCUUUUAACAUGCGUUCUGGGAGGUGCAGGCGAGCCAUAGAUAUUCCUUUGGUAAAAACAUGGUAUCGUGAACAUUGUCCACCUGGACAACCUGUCAAAGUUAGAGUCAGUUAUCAAAAGUUAUUAAAGUAUUAUGUUUUAAAUGCUUUGAAACAUAGACCACCUAAGCCUCAAAAGAAACGUUACCUGUUCCGAUCUUUCAAAUCGACAAAGUUUUUUCAAACAACUACAAUUGAUUGGGUUGAAGCAGGUUUGCAAGUUUGUCGUCAAGGUUAUAAUAUGCUGAACUUAUUAAUUCACCGAAAAAAUUUGAAUUAUCUUCAUUUGGAUUAUAAUUUUAAUUUAAAGCCUGUGAAGACCCUUACAACCAAGGAACGUAAAAAAUCUCGUUUUGGAAAUGCUUUUCAUCUGUGUAGAGAAAUUUUACGAUUAACGAAACUUAUAAUAGAUUCACAUGUACAAUAUAGACUGAACAAUGUUGAUGCUUUUCAAUUAGCUGAUGGUUUGCAGUACAUUUUUGCUCAUGUAGGUCAGUUAACUGGAAUGUACAGAUACAAAUAUAAACUUAUGAGACAAAUUCGUAUGUGCAAGGAUUUGAAACAUCUUAUAUAUUACAGAUUUAACACUGGUCCUGUAGGAAAGGGACCUGGAUGUGGUGUUUGGGCUCCAGGUUGGAGAGUUUGGUUAUUUUUUAUGAGAGGUAUUACACCAUUAUUAGAACGAUGGCUUGGUAAUUUAUUGUCUAGACAGUUUGAGGGUCGUCACUCUAAAGGUGUUGCCAAAACUGUAACCAAACAAAGAGUAGAAUCACACUUCGAUUUGGAAUUGCGUGCUUCUGUAAUGCAUGACAUAGUUGACAUGAUGCCAGAAGGUAUCAAGCAAAAUAAGGCCCGAACUAUUUUGCAACAUCUUUCUGAAGCUUGGAGAUGCUGGAAAGCUAAUAUACCAUGGAAGGUUCCUGGUCUUCCAACACCUAUAGAAAAUAUGAUUUUACGUUAUGUAAAAAUGAAAGCUGACUGGUGGACCAAUACAGCUCAUUAUAAUCGUGAAAGAAUAAGAAGGGGUGCUACGGUAGACAAAACUGUUUGCAAGAAAAAUCUUGGUAGGCUUACUAGGUUGUACCUAAAAGCUGAGCAGGAACGGCAACAUAAUUAUUUGAAGGAUGGUCCAUAUAUAUCUCCAGAAGAAGCAGUUGCUAUAUAUACAACAACAGUGCAUUGGCUAGAAUCACGGAGAUUUGCUCCUAUUCCAUUUCCUCCAUUAUCUUAUAAGCAUGACACAAAGCUACUAAUUUUAGCUUUAGAGAGAUUAAAAGAAGCUUACAGUGUUAAGUCUCGAUUGAAUCAAAGUCAAAGGGAAGAAUUAGGGCUUAUAGAGCAAGCUUAUGAUAAUCCUCAUGAAGCAUUGUCGAGAAUAAAAAGACAUUUACUUACACAAAGAGCAUUUAAAGAGACUGGUAUAGAGUUUAUGGAUCUUUAUAGUCAUCUUGUGCCUGUGUAUGAUGUAGAACCACUUGAAAAAAUAACAGAUGCAUAUCUUGAUCAAUACUUGUGGUACGAAGCCGAUAAGAGAAGAUUAUUUCCACCAUGGGUAAAGCCAAGUGAUACUGAGCCACCUCCAUUGCUCGUUUAUAAAUGGUGUCAAGGUAUAAAUAACCUUCAAGAAGUAUGGGAAUGCCAAGAAGGAGAGUGCAACGUGCUGCUAGAGUCUAGAUUUGAAAAAUUGUAUGAGAAGAUAGAUUUAACUUUACUUAACAGAUUAUUACGUUUAAUAGUUGAUCAUAACAUAGCUGAUUAUAUGACUGCAAAAAAUAAUGUGGUUAUCAACUAUAAGGAUAUGAAUCAUACUAACAGUUAUGGUAUCAUCAGAGGUUUACAAUUUGCUUCAUUUAUUGUACAAUACUAUGGCCUUGUACUGGAUCUUCUUGUUCUUGGUUUACAAAGAGCUAGUGAGAUGGCAGGGCCCCCUCAAAUGCCAAAUGAUUUUCUCACAUACCAAGACAUAUCAUCUGAAACUGCUCAUCCCAUCAGACUAUUUUGCCGAUAUGUUGAUAAAGUCCACAUCUUUUUCAGAUUUUCUGCAGAAGAGGCACGAGAUCUUAUUCAAAGAUAUCUCACUGAGCACCCUGAUCCCAAUAAUGAAAAUAUUGUUGGGUACAAUAACAAAAAAUGUUGGCCUAGAGAUGCAAGAAUGAGGUUAAUGAAGCAUGAUGUGAACUUAGGAAGAGCUGUCUUCUGGGACAUAAAGAACCGUUUACCAAGAUCUACCACAACAAUACAAUGGGAUAAUACUUUUGUUAGUGUAUACUCCAAGGAUAAUCCUAAUUUAUUGUUUAAUAUGAGUGGAUUUGAAUGCAGAAUUUUGCCUAAAUGUCGCACAACUCAUGAGGAAUUCACUCAUCGUGAUGGUGUUUGGAAUCUUCAGAAUGAAAUAACUAAAGAAAGAACAGCCCAAUGUUUCUUACGUGUUGAUGAUGAAAGUUUAGGUAGAUUCCAUAAUCGAGUCAGACAAAUUUUAAUGGCAUCAGGUUCCACAACUUUUACAAAGAUUGUCAAUAAAUGGAAUACUGCUCUCAUUGGGUUGAUGACAUAUUUUCGAGAAGCUGUUGUGAAUACACAGGAACUACUUGAUCUUUUAGUUAAAUGCGAAAAUAAAAUUCAAACACGUAUCAAAAUUGGUCUCAAUUCAAAAAUGCCUUCAAGAUUUCCUCCAGUAGUAUUCUAUACGCCUAAAGAAUUAGGUGGUCUUGGAAUGUUAUCUAUGGGUCAUGUGUUAAUUCCCCAGUCAGACUUGCGUUGGUCCAAACAAACAGAUGUGGGAAUAACACAUUUUAGAUCUGGUAUGUCACAUGAUGAAGAUCAACUUAUUCCUAAUUUAUAUAGGUAUGUUCAACCAUGGGAAUCUGAGUUUAUUGACUCACAGAGAGUAUGGGCUGAAUAUGCACUUAAAAGGCAAGAAGCUAAUGCUCAAAACAGGAGGCUAACAUUGGAAGAUUUAGAAGAUAGCUGGGAUCGUGGUAUUCCCAGGAUCAACACUCUGUUCCAAAAAGACAGACAUACAUUAGCUUAUGACAAAGGAUGGAGAAUUAGGACUGAAUUUAAGCAGUAUCAAGUAUUGAAGCAGAAUCCAUUCUGGUGGACUCAUCAAAGGCAUGAUGGUAAAUUAUGGAACUUGAACAAUUAUCGUACAGACAUGAUUCAAGCUCUAGGAGGGGUUGAGGGAAUUUUAGAACACACUUUAUUCAAAGGAACCUAUUUUCCUACAUGGGAAGGUUUAUUCUGGGAAAAAGCAUCAGGUUUUGAAGAAAGUAUGAAAUAUAAAAAGCUAACAAAUGCUCAAAGAUCAGGUUUAAAUCAAAUACCAAAUCGGCGCUUUACCUUAUGGUGGUCACCUACUAUUAACAGGGCUAAUGUCUACGUUGGUUUCCAAGUACAACUUGAUUUAACUGGAAUCUUUAUGCAUGGCAAAAUUCCUACCCUGAAAAUUUCUUUGAUUCAAAUAUUUAGAGCUCACUUGUGGCAGAAAGUGCACGAAUCUAUUGUUAUGGACUUGUGUCAAGUUUUUGAUCAGGAAUUAGAUGCUUUGGAAAUUGAAACAGUACAGAAGGAAACUAUACAUCCACGAAAAUCAUAUAAAAUGAAUUCUUCGUGUGCUGACAUACUUCUGUUCUCUGCAUAUAAAUGGAAUGUAUCAAGACCAUCACUAUUAGCUGAUACCAAAGAUACUAUGGAUAAUACAACUACACAAAAAUAUUGGAUAGAUGUGCAGCUACGUUGGGGUGAUUAUGACUCUCAUGAUGUGGAACGUUAUGCCAGAGCCAAAUUUUUGGAUUAUACGACAGACAAUAUGUCUAUUUAUCCAUCACCUACAGGACUUCUCAUAGCUAUUGAUUUAGCUUACAAUCUUCAUAGUGCUUAUGGAAACUGGUAUCCAGGCUGUAAACCAUUAAUUCAGCAAGCAAUGGCUAAAAUAAUGAAAGCUAAUCCUGCCUUAUAUGUAUUAAGAGAACGUAUCAGAAAAGCAUUACAAUUAUAUAGUUCAGAACCUACAGAACCGUACUUAUCUUCAAACUAUGGUGAACUAUUUUCAAAUCAAAUUAUUUGGUUUGUUGAUGAUACAAAUGUAUACCGUGUCACAAUUCACAAAACAUUUGAAGGAAAUCUUACCACAAAACCAAUUAAUGGAGCUAUAUUCAUUUUCAAUCCCCGCACUGGUCAAUUAUUCUUGAAAAUUAUCCACACUUCAGUAUGGGCUGGUCAAAAACGUUUGGGUCAAUUGGCUAAAUGGAAAACUGCUGAAGAAGUUGCUGCUUUAAUUCGAUCAUUGCCUGUAGAAGAACAGCCAAAACAAAUUAUUGUAACAAGAAAAGGAAUGUUGGAUCCACUAGAAGUGCAUUUGUUAGAUUUUCCCAAUAUUGUGAUAAAAGGCUCUGAAUUGCAGUUGCCAUUCCAAGCUUGUUUAAAAGUUGAGAAGUUUGGUGAUUUAAUUCUUAAGGCUACUGAACCACAAAUGGUUUUAUUCAAUUUAUAUGAUGACUGGCUCAAGACUAUAUCUUCUUACACGGCAUUCUCUAGGCUUAUUUUGAUUCUUCGCGCAUUACAUGUAAAUACUGAGAGGACUAAAGUUAUACUUAAGCCAGACAAGACAACUCUAACUGAACCACAUCAUAUAUGGCCAACACUCACCGAUGAGGAAUGGAUAAAAGUUGAAGUCCAAUUAAAAGAUUUGAUUCUAGCAGAUUACGGAAAGAAAAAUAAUGUAAAUGUAGCAUCAUUAACUCAAUCUGAAAUUCGUGAUAUUAUUUUGGGAAUGGAAAUUUCUGCUCCUUCUGCCCAGCGUCAACAAAUUGCUGAAAUUGAAAAACAAACAAAAGAACAAUCACAAUUAACAGCCACUACUACUAGAACUGUUAAUAAACAUGGAGAUGAAAUCAUCACGGCCACAACAUCAAACUAUGAAAGUAACACAUUUAGUUCAAAAACUGAGUGGAGAGUUAGAGCUAUUUCUGCAACUAAUUUACAUUUAAGAACCAAUCACAUCUAUGUUAGUUCUGACGAUAUAAAGGAGACCGGUUACACAUAUAUUUUACCAAAGAAUGUAUUGAAGAAAUUUGUGACCAUUUCAGAUCUGAGAGCACAGAUUGCUGGCUAUUUGUAUGGUGUUUCACCACCUGAUAACCCACAAGUGAAAGAAAUUCGAUGCAUUGUAAUGGCUCCUCAGUGGGGAACUCAUCAAACUGUUCAUUUACCUGAUACAUUGCCAUCACAUCAGUAUCUAAAAGAUAUGGAACCUCUAGGAUGGAUGCAUACACAACCAAAUGAAUUGCCUCAAUUAUCUCCUCAAGAUAUCACAACCCAUGCUAAAAUAAUGUCCGAUAAUUCAUCUUGGGAUGGUGAACGUACAAUUAUUAUAACAUGUUCGUUCACACCAGGAUCAUGUUCUUUAACGGCUUAUAAAUUAACACCGUCUGGUUUUGAAUGGGGUCAUAAAAAUACGGAUAAAGGCAAUAAUCCAAAAGGUUAUCUUCCCAGUCAUUAUGAAAGAGUUCAAAUGUUGCUCUCUGAUAGAUUUCUUGGAUUCUUUAUGGUUCCAAGUCAAGGAAGUUGGAAUUAUAACUUUAUGGGUGUUCGACAUGAUCCUGGAAUGAAAUAUGAAUUACAAUUGGCCAAUCCAAAAGAAUUUUAUCAUGAAUUACACAGGCCUGCACAUUUCUUACACUUUUCAAGUAUAGAAGAAACUGAAGGAACUGGUGCAGACAGAGAAGACAUGUAUGCUUAAAGAAGAUAUUUUAUAUUUUAUUUUCUAUAUGAAAAACGAGUCCAUUACAUAAUUAUUUUAUA